AAUCCGAUCUCGUUGCAAUGCGCCGUGGACGCAUAUAAAUUGGGAAGCCAAGUCCCAGCUUCUGAAAGCAUCAGGGGAAUUGCAGUUGAUCUCGGUACUAGAAUUAUCAUCAGCGAGAUUACCCCAGUUCGUGUUAAUUAAUUAGCAGGUACUAGCGAGGUUGCAGAGAUGGCCGAAACCCUGAAGCCCGUAGCCUUGCUGCUGCUGAUACUCAACCUCUGCAUGUACGUCAUCCUCGCCAUCAUCGGCGGCUGGGCCGUCAACAUCUCCAUCGAUCGCGGCUUCAUCCUAGGCCCGGGAUUGCGGCUGCCGGCGCAUUUCCACCCGAUGUUCUUCCCGAUCGGCAACUGGGCAACGGGGUUCUUCGUCGUGUUCUCGCUGCUCGCCGGCGUCGUCGGCAUCGCCUCCGGCCUCGUCGGGUUCAGCCACAUCCGCCACUGGAACUACUACUCCCUGCAGCCGGCGGCGACCACCGGCCUGCUUGCCUGGGCGCUCACCGUCCUUGCCAUGGGGCUGGCGUGCCAGGAGAUCAGUCUCGACAGACGCAACGCGAAGCUGGGAACCAUGGAGGCGUUCACGAUCGUCCUGACGGCGACGCAGCUCUUCUACGUCCUCGCGAUCCACAGCGGGAGCCGCGGCCCCGUCCCGGUGGAGCGGACACACGCCGUGGCGGCCGGCUACUGAUCGAUCGCCGGCGAUUCGAUUCGAUCGGCGUACGUGCGUGUUGGAUGGAUGGGCAUCGCCAUUGUGCAAAGGUGAAGACGCAGACGUACGCACGUAAGGGCGUAACAAGUAUUCAAACGGGGGCCAUGCAUGCAUGCCUGUCACGAUUCACGCGCGAGUUGUGGUUUGUGCUUUAAUAAUUUCCUUUUGAAAGUACGAUUCUUUGAGUGGAACUGGGGUGAUGAAAUGGUGAUGAUUCGUUUGUACUGGAAUAUUCCUUUGGAUUUGUUGAUUGAAUUCAAGUGUCUGGAGAUUCAAUUUGUUAAA